AUGGGAAAUUCUAUAGAGAUUAAUCAAACUCUAUCUUAUACCACUAUUUAAGGAUAAGAGAUACUUCUUCCUUUUAAGGAGCUAAAAGGAAAUUAAAACUUUCCUAAAGUACCCCAAAGAGAAAAAGAUAUUGAAAUAAUGUUUUAAAAAUGGCUUAGCAAAGUAAACUAUAUAAAUAUUGUGACAGAUUGUGAUUGGAAGAAGAGAGAAAGAAAAAUUAAAAGGAAUUCCUCUGAAAUAUAAAUUUAGAUUAUGUUGCAAACAUGACUAAAUCAUUUAAGAGAUAACUAAAGGGGAAUAAUAUAAAUAGAAAGUGGUAUAAGAAACAGAAUAAUUAAUUUAAAAAGUAUUAGCAUAAUAAGAUAUUGUUUCAUUAGAAGGUACAUCUUAUAUUAUAUAAAAUUUAAGCUUUGUAGAGAAAUUUAACAAAUGAUGAAUUUCUUGAACAUAAAAUUGUUUUGCUUGCUAAAGUAGAUCUGAUUGCUAAAUUAAUUGUAGAAUUGAAGACUUAAGAGUUAUUAUCUAGACAUUCUAAAAAUUUUAGGGAUCAGAUUGUUAUUAUUAAAAUUUUCGAAAAGCUACUACAUCAUGAAACAGGUAAUCUUUAAAAUUCAUUUAUUUAAUAGGUGUUUAAUAAUUAUGUGAUACUUCUAAUUUUUUCUAAAUCAUGUUUAGUACAUUCCAUCCAGUAGAACCUGAAAUUACAGGAUUAAUGCUAUAAGUUUUAGGUGGUAAGUCUGGUUUAUGUUGGCAACCUGAAUGUUUAGACAAUAUUCUAGAUGCCAUGACAGAGUAUUAAAAUAAUCAUAGAUUAUAAACAAAGUAAUUAAUAUUUUUUAUGUUAAAGAUUUGAUGUAAUAAUACGUAGUAUUUAUUAUACUAAGAAUUUAAUCAUUAUUUAUCAUUUACUUUAAUUUUUGUUUAAUUUUUUAUUUUCAGUUGAAAAACCUGAAUCUGAAACAUUACAUAAAGAAUUAUUAGAAACAGUAAUUAAUGGUAAAAGGAUUGAUGAAAUAUUUUAAUAAGUUAAAAUUAGAAUUGUAAAAGAUUACUAUUAAAUUGAAGAAUCUACUUAUUCAGGUGUUAGAUAAAAACUUGCUUAAUUCUAACAUCCUCUUGUUGAAAAAUAAUCUCAAGAAAAUGAUUUUUUUUCAAUGUAAAGAUUUAAAACAAUUACAGAAAAGCCUCCUAAAGAUUCUAUCAAACCUAAUAUUGAAUUUGAUUUAGAAGAAACAGGGAAAAUUAAAUUCGAAAAUUGUUUUUAUUUUGAAUAACAUGAUAUUAAGCUUUUUAGUAUUUUAAAAGUUCAAAUUUUUGAAUUAAUGGAUGGAAUAUUAAAUAUUGAUUCUAUUUUAAUUUAAAUAGAAAAUGAUGAUAAUGAACAAACUGAAAUUGUUUCUAAUCCUAAUGAAGUUUUUAAUGAAAUGCAAACCUUGGCUGAAGUAGAUGAAGAUGAGGAAGAAGAUUAUGAUAAUAGAUUAGUCAGUUUCUCAAAAAUAAAGAAUAAUGAUUAAUUUAGAAAUUAAGGUAAUAUGAUCAAAUAUGCCAACGCUAAUUUGUAGUAAGAAUAUAAUGCAUUGGAAGAAAAACAUUAAAUUCUAUUUUCUAAAUAUGAAGAAAUUGAAAAAUAAUGUAGAGAAUUAUCCUUGAAAUUAAUUGAUGAGUAAGAAAAAAACAAAAAGCUUGAAGAAUAGAAUGAAAAAUUAUUAUAUCAUACUACAAAUUAAAAUUAAGAUUAAGUGAAUACAUUAAUUUAAGAAUAAAUUGAAUUUUAAAAAUAAUAACAUUAAGUAUAAAUGAAUAAUUUGACAGAAGAAAUGAUUUCAUUAAAAGAUUAUAUUCAAAAUUAAAAUUUAAUGGAGAAUUAAUUAAUUAAUUAAAUUGAAAUCGAAAGAACAAAAGUAUAAACAUAGAAAUAAUAAAUUGAUUUAUUGUAACGAUAUAUUGAUUAAUAUGCUUCCCCUUCAAUUUUGGAUAGAAAUGAUGAAAAAUAAAAUGAAGAUUAGAAGUCAUAAACUGAUAGGAUUAUAAAUGAAGAUAAAAAAUAAAAUGAAGAUAAAUAAUAAUUAAUAUUAAAGGAAGAUUUUUAAUAAAAAGAAUAAAAUGAAGAUUAAAAUAUUGAAAAAAUAAUAGUGUAAGAAUAAUAAUAAACAAUUUAAAAUGAAAAAAAAAUUGAAAAUUAAACUAUAACAGAAGAUAUAUUACAGAAUGAUUAAAAUAAUUCAAAUAAGUAACUUAAAAUUGUAAAUUAUAAAAUGCAAAUGAUUGAUAGUGAAUCAUAGACUAAUCAAAAAUCCUAUAUAACAUAAGAAGUAUAAACUAUUUUUGAAUUUCCUACUAAUCCUUCUACUUAAGUAACAGCUUAAGAAUAAAAGGAUAAAUAGGCAAAUUCAUCUCAAACUACUAUAUAAGUAGCUCAACCUCCUCUACCACCAUCACCUCAACCUCCUCCAAAUUUAAAUACAAAUAGACCUCUACCACCACCACCACCACCUCCACCACCUCCUCUAAAUUCAAAAACAAAUGGACCUCCUCCACCUCCACCUCCACCUCUUAAAGGAAUUUAAUAAACACCUAAAGCAUAAGAAUCUCCAUUUCCAUUUAAUAAAACUGAACUUAUUCCAUCUGUUCCUACUAAAACUUUAAAUUGGAUUUUGAUUUAACCGUAAAAUCUGAAAAAUACAAUUUAUGAGUAGAUUUAUAAGGAAACUUAUGAAAUAGAUACAAAAUAUUUAGAAACCUAUUUUUAUAAAAUUUAAACUUCAUCUUCUACAUAAUAGUAAAAUAGUGACAAUACUGUUAUAAAAAAAGUCGUCUAAACUAAAAUAUAAUUGAUUGCCACAGAUAGAUGUAAAAAUAUUGAACUAGUCUUGGGAAAAAUAAAGGUUCCAAAUGCAUUAAUUAUGAAAUCUUUAUUAUCAAUUGAUUUGAACAUACUUAAUGAUUCAGCAAUAGAUUCAUUAGAUACUAUAAUUCCAACUGAUGAAGAAAUUAAGAUUGUAUAAAUUAUAUGAUUAAUUUAAGGUUAGUGAAUUUUCAGGUUAAAGAGAUCUAUUGGGAGUUGUUGAAACUUUUAUUGAUAAUAUUAAAUAAAUUAAUGGUUUUUAAUAUAGAAUAAGAUCAUUAAAAUUUAGAUCUGUUUAUGAUGAUUAUAAAUAAGAUUUGAUUGAUAAAAUGGCAAUUUUAACCUCGAGAUUUUAAGAAAUAAGAAAUUUGUAAGGAUUAUAAAAAAUAUUGUUAAUAACAUUAAGUAUUGGAAACUUUUUAAAUGGUACACAUUUAUAUUUAAGAUUUCAGCCAAGACUCCAAGAGGUAAAGCUUUGGGUUUUAAAAUGGAGGCACUUGACAUUUGUGCUGAAAUUAAAACAUCUGAUAAUCAAAAUAAUAAUUUAUUAUUGUAUAUUAUAGAGAAGACAGAGUAAAUAAUAGGCAAUGAAAUAAUUUCUGAAGAAAGUAAUUAUAAUAUUUAUGAUUAGAAAUAAAAUCAUUUGAAAUUCUUCAAAGAGUUCCAGUUCAUCAAUUAGUAGUUGACUUAGGAGACAUCAAAAAAGGUUGUAGUUUUAUAAAAAAAGCUAUGGAUUCAUAAACAGAUGAUCCCUAAGAUUUAGUAGAAUAAAAAUUUAAGGAUGGUUAUGAAUCAAUCACAAAAGACAUUGAAGAACUUGAUAAGUAGAUGAAUCGUUUAGAAGAAGAGUAUAGAACUUGUGCAUAAUAUUAUGGUGAAAAUCCGAAAGAUUCAUCAGAUAAAUUUGGAGAUAAGAUUUUGAAAAUAUUCAGACAAAUCUUAAGAUAAAAAUUAGAAAAACAAUAAAGAGAUGAAAGAUAAAAGAGAUAAGAUGCUUUAAAAAAAAGAUAAAUGUUGAAAAGUACACCAUUAACAGCAAGAAGAGCAGAUGAAGGACCUAAACCACCUCCAAAAGAAGCAUAAAGAUAAUCUGUCCUUAAAUCAAUUUUACCAAGAUAAUCAAUCAAAGAUUCAAUUAAACUUGAAGUGCCUGGAAAUAAGGUUCCUAAAAAGAGUUUUAUAGCCAAUGAAAUUAGCUAACUUCGCCAUAUGAAAUAGGUUAGAGCUAGUAUAUUAACAAUUAACAAAAAAUGAAAUCC